AAAAAACUGAGUCAAAAUUAAUAAAUGGAAAAGUUGUUGUAGUUUCAACAAUAAAAAAUGAAAAUAAAAUAAAAAUAAUUUAAAGAAAUAGAAAUUUAAGCUUGAUAGUCUAAGUUUGAAGCUUAGGUGGUAAGUAUCCGAGUUCAUCAAAUAUCUCAAAUCUUAAUAGUAUCAUUUUCUCCCAAACAUUCAAUCUUUUUCUUCUUCAUCUUCAUCUUCUUGGAUUGUACGGUCAUGUGGUUGGAGAUACUGUGCGGUCUCAUCCUUUACAAAGUCUUCAAGCUCUUCUUCUACGAUGACGAUAUUUUAGAUGUCGAGACCUCCGAUUCCAAUGCCCUCUUCUCUGUCGCCGAUCGACUUGAAAAGCUUUAUGGUGGGAAGGCCUAUGUCGGCCUUCGGAUACCCGAUGCUGACACCGGCACUCGACAAAACAUCGAUCUGGUUCUCCUCACCAAAGGAGGGGCAGUGGUUGUAUCUGUCAAGAAUCUUGUUGGAUUUGUGUUGAUCAAUGCGGAUGGUAGCUGGUCGUGUGAGACCAAAAACAAAACAGAACAUCUUCCUAACCCAGUGGAGGAGACUAGAAAACAAGCUUCAAUUCUUGAAUCAUAUCUUGAACAAAGAGGAGUUGCUUUGCCUGAAGGAUACUUGUCUUGCAAAGUUAUACUUCCCAAUCCGAAAUGUUGUACCAUUCAGCCAGGCUCUUUUCCACCUGAAGUCAUUACCUAUGACCAGUGGACUCAACAAAAACCAGAAACAAAACCUAUGUUUUCUGGUUGGCUUAAGGGUGCAUUUGGAGGUGGAAAGAAAGAGAUGCAAGAAUCUAUACAGCAGAACCUCAAUUUUAUUCUCAGUACUGCUCCAAUUUGGGAUAGGGUGGAGCUCAAAGGUAAUAAAUAUGUACUUGGAGAAUUUCUGGAGUUCAAGGGAAAGCCAGAAGAUCUCCAUGCCUUGAGAAAUAUCAAAAGAUCGAAAGUCAGUCGUCUGAUUAUCCAGAAGACGAGCAUGCUUGGAUUAGCGCAUUCGACGCUCCAAGUUUUGUACUCGCCUAGGGAUUAUCGAAGCGAAGGAGCUUCAGCUUCGGAGUGGAAGGAGGUAUGCGUGAGGUCGAGUACAGAGGUUGUCUUCCAGCCUCAGAAUUCUACAAAAGUUCGCAAGUUCAAACUCUCUUCAGUGACUUCUAUUUCACUCAGUGCCUGAACCUUAAAUAAUAUUGGCUAUGUUGAAUAAGUAAGUACUCCAUUCUCUCAUCUAUAGCCAAAAUGGCAUAAAACCAUAUGUCUAGAUUAUUGUUUAUGUCAGACUAUUUGUACAUAUGGAUAUGACAAAUUAAUUUCAUAUUAGAGACAGAGAGAUCUCAAAAUAUGAAGAUAACAACAAUGCAUAUUAUAGUAUUGAGUA